GAGGCAAAACCCUACCGCCCACCCCGCGAUUCCCGAAAUUUACCAAAAUGCCACUCUUCUCCUCCAAAUUCGCGCCGCUGAUCCCCCGCCUCCGCCGCCUCUCCACGGCGGCGGCGACCGCCGCCGGCGAGGACCCGAAGCUGUCGCGCAUCGCGGACGAGCUCCUGGCGCUCUCCUCGGCCGAGCUGGAUGACUACUCGGCCCUCAUGCGCCUCAAGCUACGCCUCUCGCUCACCUCCAACCCAGCUGCCGGAUUAGGUCCUGGCGCAGCCGGGGAUGCGGCCUCCGGGUCGGCGGGGGCCGAGGAGGCCGCGGCGGUGAAGACGGCGUUCGACGUCAAGAUCGAGAAGUACGACGCGGCGGCCAAGAUCAAGAUCAUCAAGGAGGUGCGCGCGAUGACGGACCUGGGGCUCAAGGAGGCCAAGGAGCUGGUGGAGAAGGCGCCGGUCGUGGUGCGCGCGGGGCUGCCCAAGGAGGAGGCCGAGGCUCUCGCCGCCAAGCUCAAGGCCGCCGGAGCUGCCGUUGCGCUCGAGUGAUCCAGAGCCGUAAGCCAGCAGGAGCAUACUCCCCUCACAGGUGCCACUGAUGCUAUAUUCAAACUACGUGGACUCCCCUCACAGGUGCCACUGAUGCUAUAUUCAAACUACGUGGGUUUUUGCAGCCAUGGAAGCCCGUGAGCAAGGAGCAUGAGUGGACGGCCAUCGACCCCUUGACGAGCAAGUACAAGGAGCUUGUUGCAUGCCCUCUUAUGGUUACCUAUCCUCCUUGAGGCGUGUCUUUCUUAGUAGGCUUGAGUUGUUGUUGCCCCCAAUUGGUACCUUUUAAUUUGUUUGGUCCUGUCCAAACUAGCUCUUCUUCCUUUUGUACCUUUUUUUUGUUGUUGUUGUGAACUUCCAGUUUUCGGAUGAGACUUGUUUGUGGUGGUGUUUGCUUUAUUUAUAAAGAUGGGGUAAGAACCUUCUUCGAUA